AUGGAACUCACUCUUUCCAAGCCAAUUCGUCUGAAAUGCGGCCUGAAGCUGCCAAAUCGACUGGUCAAAGCAGCCAUGGCCGAGUGCCUAGGCAAGGCUGAUGAGCACCAUUUGCCAGGCAGUGAAGAAUGCUUGGCUGUCUAUCGGAGAUGGUCUCAGGGCGGAUGGGGACUCAUCAUAACAGGCAACGUGCAAGUCGACCCAGAUCAUCUCGGCGAUCCCCAUGACUUUGCCAUCAACAGUGCCCUGCCCGAGGCCACCACACUCGCGGCUUUCACAGCCUGGUCCAAAGCGUGUUCGAAUGGCGGCACAUGUCAUGCCUUGGUCCAGCUGUGUCAUCCCGGGCGCCAAAUUGCCUUCGGCAAGGGAACUGUAGCACCCAGCGCAAUACCCAUGGACUUCGGCACCGGUCUCAUGCCGCGCCUGCUCAACUCCUUCGUGUUCGACACCCCGCGCGCUAUGACAGUCGCCGAGAUUCACACCACGAUCCGGAACUUCGCCAAUGCCGCACGUCUAAUAGCGGCUGCUGGAUUUGCAGGCGUCGAGCUGCAUGCGGCGCAUGGAUACCUGCUCGCCCAGUUCCUAUCACCACGAUCUAACGUCCGCACAGAUGCCUACGGCGGUAGUGCCCAUUCUCGCGCCCGUAUUGUCGUCGAAGUUAUCCGUGCCGUUCGCGAGGCGGUCCCGCCAGAUUUCUGCGUGGGGCUCAAGCUCAACUCCGUCGACGUUGGAAGUGCUGCCGGCAUGGUCGACUGUAUCGAGCAAAUCAGGGUCAUUGCGGAAGCUGGAAUCGACUUCCUCGAGAUCAGCGGCGGUAGUUUUGAGGACCCCACCUUCAACACGGGGCCUAGUGCGGACGCCAGAAAAGCUAGCAGCGUCGCGCGCGAGGCUUUCUUCAUAGAGUUUGCCGAAGCUGUUCGCGCCCAGUUCCCAUAUGUUCCACUCAUGGUUACGGGCGGAUUUCGCUCGCGCCACGGCAUGGAAGCGGCACUGGCCGACAACAGCUGUGACUUGAUCGGUGUUGCGAGGCCAGCCGUCAUGAACCCCCUGCUUCCACGCACCUUGAUACUCAACCCCGAAACGCGUCACCAAGACGCAUUCCAGCGCGUAAAGAGAAUUCCGCCAGGGAAGGCUACUCAAUACCUUGGCAUUAAGCUCCUUGGUGUGGCCCCGGAGCGGGAUUGGUACACCAAGCAAAUCAAACUAAUAGGCUCCGCUUUUCCCGCUGGAACUAAUGCAGGUAGCUUGGAUAAGGCAUAA